AUGUUUCAUGUAGAGGUUGCAUACCGUUUAAUAGAUGACGAACUGGCAUUGGAUGGAAUUCCGUCUUUAAAUUUAGCUAGUUUUGUCACUACAUUUAUGGAAGAUGAGGCAGAGAAACUGAUGGUUGAGAACUUGUCAAAGAAUUUCAUCGAUUUUGAAGAAUAUCCUCAGACUGCAGAAAUAUCCAAUCGAUGUGUCAAUAUGAUUGCUCGUUUGUUUCAUGCGCCCGUAGGUAGAUCUACUGAAGAGGCACUGGGGUGCUCUACCAUCGGAUCAUCAGAGGCUGUAAUUCUUGGUACCCUAGCGAUGAAGCGUCGUUGGCAACUUGGACGUAAAGCCAAAGGUCUAUCUACCGAAAAUCCGAAUAUAAUAUUGGGAGCCAAUUGCCAAGUCGCUUGGCACAAAGCUACUCGUUACCUUGAGAUUGAAUCAAGAGAAGUUCCUUGUACAAAGGAUCUGCUUUAUAUGGACCCAAAAAAGGCAGUCGAUUUAGUGGAUGAAAAUACAAUAGGCGUUUGUGCCAUUCUAGGAUCCACGUAUACUGGACAUUAUGAGGAUGUAAAAACUCUUAAUAGGCUCUUGGAAGAGAAAAAUAAAGCUACUGGACUGGACGUUAAUAUCCAUGUGGAUGCUGCUAGUGGCGGUUUUGUUGCUCCUUUUGUUACACCCGAUCUUGAGUGGGACUUUCGUCUCAACCGUGUUGUGUCAAUCAAUGCAUCUGGUCACAAAUAUGGUCUGACUUAUCCCGGUGUUGGCUGGGCUGUGUGGAGAAAUGUUGAAUUCCUACCAAAGGACCUCGUCUUCAAUGUCAAUUACCUUGGUAGUGAACAGGCCUCUUUUACUUUAAAUUUUAGUAAAAGCGCUUCCCAAGUCAUUGCACAAUAUUAUAUGUUUGUUCGUCUUGGCAGAAAGGGAUUUACUAGAGUAAUAUCCAACUUGGUUCGCACUGCCGACUAUCUCGCAGAAAGACUUGAUAAAACCGGGCGCUUUAUUAUUUUAAGCGAAAAAGAAGGCCGUGGAUUACCACUUGUCGCUUUUAGACUCAAGAAUGAAUGCUACUAUGAUGAAUUUGAUCUCGCAUCUCAUUUGAGACAGCGUGGCUGGAUUGUCCCAGCGUACACUAUGGCCCACGCUCUUGAAAAGAUGAAGCUCCUUCGUGUGGUGGUGCGUGAGGAUUUUUCGCAUACCCGUGGGUCUCUGCUUAUACGUGAUAUAAUGGCAGCUUUACAACAUCUUGACUCGAUGGAUAAAGCUUCAAUUGAUAAUUCUCGGUAA